AUGUCGACUCACACACCGCAGGUCCUGUCUCGCAGGACAAACGCUCCGGCAUCUGAGUCUACCAAGAAGCAAGCUGAGGCCCGGAGCACCAACGACGCAGACCCGCCAAAGGCCCCAAAGACUAGGACUCCUCAUGAAGGCGAAAAGGUUAUCAUCCGCCGCCUGCCUCCUGGCAUGACCGAAGCCGAAUGUCUCUCUAUUCUGGGCUCUGAGUGGGCGGUGGGCAGUGGCAAGGUCGACUGGUUUUCCUAUGCCCCUGGCAAGGCAUCUAAUGAGCUUUCAAAGCCAUCCCGGCCUGCAAGAGCAUAUCUCCAUGUGAUGCGGAAGGACUACAUCAUGCCUCUUAGUGAAGUUGUUCGAAGCGCGACCUGGGAGGACGCCAAAUGUACCUUCAACAGCUCUUCUCUCAUCGGCCCCCCUGCCCUGGAGAUGUCCAUCUACAAAAAGGUGCCCGGGACUAAGAAGCGUGUUGAUGCUCGUCAGGGAACUAUUGACCAAGACCCGGAAUUUAUGGCGUUCCUUGAAGGUCUUGCAAACCCUGCUCCGCCAAGGGAAGGCAUUGAGAACGAAGACGUUGAAGAAGCACCGGAAACCAAGGUCACUACCACACCAUUGAUUGAGUAUCUGAAGGAAAAGAAAGCAAACAAAGCCAAGGAAGCUGCCGCCGCCAAGAGUGCGAAGCAUUCCAGGCAAGAGACUACAACAACAAAGGGUAAAUCCGCGUCAAAGGAGGAUGAGGGCUCUAAAAAGAAAGGCAAGGAUUCUAAGAACACUAAGACUGAGAAGCCCGCCCCCAAGGAGCCCGUCAAAAUACUCACCAAGAAGGCCGCUGCAACUGCCUCUGAAAAGUCUGCUGAAGCCGCCAAACCGGCCGCCAGCCAGGCCAGCACGAGCGGGAAUGCAGCCAGUACCACGGAAGCACCAACUCCUAAGAGUCGCCGUGCUGGUGUCUCUAUUGCUGCUCGCAUGUUACAGAGAGAUCUCGGUCUUAGCCCAGGUAGUGCCUAUCGACGAGCACGACAAGAUGCUGCAAAGGCCGAAGCUGGUUCCAAAUCUUCGGCAACCGACAAAGAAAAUAAAGAAAUCUCUAGCGCAGCAAACGAGAACCAAUCUUCUCUCGCACCCGCUUCAACCGAAACGGCAACAAGUGCUCAGACGCCCGCUAAAGAGAAUGCUUCCAAGGCACAGCAGCCAGCGCGUAAGACCCGUGGCGGUAAGAAUGCCGACAAGCCCAAGCCAUCGGAAGCAUCCGGAGGACAGAACACAAACAUCACUCCACCUGUCAUCCUCAAAAAGAAGAGUGGCGCUAGCGGCGACGCAGAUGCAUCAAAGUCCACUGCUGAGACGGCCUCCGCUACUCAGCAGAGCAACUCCAAGUCAGCCAGCGGUGCAGCCAACGGCCCCAAGGGGGCCUCUGCCAAAUCUUCAGGCUCUCAAAAGAAAUCUGCGGCAGCGGCAUCCGCCAACGCCACUCGCGGCUUUGUAAAGCACGCCAAUUCUUCUCAGGGCAUCACGGAGCCCGUGUUGAAGCAAGCCCUCGAGGCAUUUGGUACCAUUACGUUCAUCGAGGUGGAUAAACGCAAGGGCUUUGCGUACGUGGAUUUUGCAGACCACUCUGGCCUUGCCAAGGCCAUCUCUGCCAGCCCCAUUUCCGUUGCGCAAGGGACUGUUCAAGUCUUGGAGCGCAAGGACAAGAAACCCGCCCCUGCUUCGUCAGGCAGUGGUAAUGCCGCCGCCACACCAUCUGCAUCCAACACGGCUAGCAACGGCGCUGCCCCUGAAAAGAGCUCAGGCACUGGACGUGGCAGACGUGGAAGGGGUGGCAAGGCAGCUACUGCUACUAGUGGCACUCCCAUUGCUGCAACGAGCGGUGGCUGAGCCGUGUGCUAUUUUGCCAAACCUUUCGACGCCUUUCAUUAUCAUUUUGAUUUAAAAAGUAGUCGUAGCGGAUCCAAUUCAGCUCAGCAGAAUGCACUCCAGGUCACAGCAUUCUCGCUUUUGGCUCCGCUGGAUGAAAUUUUCUUCUUGUGGAAAGGGAAAAUGGCUUGUGUCCAAGCGAAUACACAAACAGAAGUAGUCCCAUCUCUAAGCCUUGCGCUGAACGAUAUAUACCUAGUAUUAUUGUCGGAAACCAAGGAUCCAUUAACUCGAGGGCCAAGUCACAAUGGUCAUCGUCAGCUAAUGACCUGACGCCAGAACAAAAGAUGCAGAGACAUAGUCAUCGCCGCCUGCCGUACGCAGCUGGAUCCUUGAAUAUUGCACAUAUAAAUCCGUCGGUGUAACUUUGUUUCGGUUCAAGGCGAUAUAUGUAUCUGUAGCGUGGGGGGAAGGGAAGAUGCGUGGGGAGAUGGACUGGGAAUGAAGGCAUGAGGACGGUUGCUAUCUAGCUCCUAGGCUAUCUAUGCCGUAGUUG